AUGACAGGGAGCAACUCAGAGUCAGAUGAAGAGCCUCAGAAGCAGGUGCCAUUAAACAAAGAAGAAGUGACUAUACUGGAAUCUUAUUUGGAGCAAUGGGACUCCGGUUCGGGUCAAGAGAGAAAUGUGAUCUGGAGGGAUGCCACAACCGAAGCUCGGCUGAAGGCGCCCAAGAUGGAUAAAAAUCUCUUGAGAUCCCGAAAGACGGUCUACAGAAAAUGGCUGCAGAAUCAUGGAGAAAAGAAGAAGGAUACUAAAGCUCCUAUCAAUCUCGGGAGGAAGUGGACGUAUCAUACAGUGGUGGGAGCUCUCCGGAAGAAGGAGCUUCUGAAAAAGAUUCAAGAUGACACCGGAGUAAAUCCUGGGAAGCCAGAGAUGAUGCACCACUACUCCAGGUAUCUCACCAACAUGGUGAAUUCUCUCACCGAGAAGGAGAUAGAAGAUGCUACGGAUAUGGCCGGACAGUGGAAUGCACAAGGAGUCCCUCCGGGUAUUCAGGCAGACACUGUGAGGCGGAAGAGCGAGGACUUGCUCUGGUAUGUGGCCUGCGAAAUGUUCAAGAAAGCCGGGAUGCGCCUGUUCAUCCUCUCGGCUUGGAAGAGUGAGGAUGACAAACUCAUGGUUUCAAGCCACAAUUACAAUGAGGAGAUCGGAAACGGGGAAAGUUUCGAGAGGACGCAUGACUGGAAGGACAUCUUGCCAGAAUGGAAGUCAUAUGUGUCAAAACAGUUCAACAAUGAAAUCGAAUCCGACACCGUCGUUAAAAAGGGCCGGAAGGACAAGACAUACAUAUUACAUAUAGGAGAUGAUGUGCUUCCAGUCCUGCUGGAUUAUACCGAACUGGAUUCAGAAACCCGCAAAGCAGUUGUCCGAGCUUUCUUGAAUUGGCAUUACCAUGAGUGGAAUUCAUCUACACCAUCGGCAAGUCUAAUUGUGGCCGUAGAGGACUGUAGUAAGAACCCAAAGGAACUGGUGCCAUGGAAGGAAGUGAUACCGAGGCAAGAUGAGCUCAUCCCCCCUCCAUAUCUACCAGAGGGGAAGAAACUGCGGGAGCCAUCCAGGAUGACACGGCACGAGGCAACCGAGCUCUUGCAGUUCUGGUACGACCAACAGGAGAACUGCCGGGAUGUCACAUUCGAGUUCCAUGGGUGGUGGAGCAAAGUAGAGAAGGAAGUCAGACCCCCCGUGAUAUGGAACUGCAAAGGGGAAGUUGACACCGAAAUGACCGAAAUGGAAGCAGUGGGCACACGAGUGAAAAGCAGGGCUCAGAGGAAAUCUAGGAAAACAUCAACCGCACAGGUGACUGUUCAUUCGGAUGGCUCCGAAGACACAGAUGACCAAAUGCAGGAGGAGAAAAUUAAUGCCGCCAAGUGGUUAGUGGGACGGACCCGGCCGAAACUCAAAGUCCGGGUAUCGAUGGCCAUACCGGAGUCAGAUCAUGCGGAAGAGACAUCUUCCGAUGAAAUCCAGAUGCCCAGGGAACAUGAAGCCUGGAUCAAUAAGCUCGGAAGGACAUCUGGCAAGGGGGUUGCACACGAAGUCGCUGUUCGGAGCAAAACCAAGUUCACACCAGCCAAGCAGUCGGAUCCAGAGCCAUCUGCCUCUCGAUACCCAGAACCUCCUGUUGACAAUCCAAGGAGGGUGGGACCAGCAUCGCGUCCCACUGCCGAGAAACCUGCCACAAAGAGGUAUGUGCAGGAUAAGAGCAGUGAGAUUGCACCUAGGGGAAAGAAAUGUCCUGCAGAGGAUCAAUUGCAGGACUCUCUGGCCAAAUGGACAAGGAGUCAAACAGUCAAUAUACCCGCGAAGAGAUUGAAGAAACCAAACUCCCGAUAUGCAACCAACUUUGUCAGGGGUUAA